ACAGGGGAUUUGGCUAUGGCUGCUGUGUGUCUCUCGUUUGGGGGCUAUGUCUCUUGUGCCAAUGCAGCCAUUGCCGCCAAUGCCCAUGCUAUGUUUUCCAGGCGCUGCGAGCUCCAGCAGCUUCUCAGCGUUCUUCCCGAGAGAUUAGAGCGUAGCGUCCAGAAUCACCCGCAGCUGGAGGAGAUUGUCGAGAUUGUUCUCGAUCUUGGCCGCCGACCGAUCGCUCGCUUCCCGAGCGGGGACUGGUCCAUGUCGCAGGAGCCGGUGACAAUCGCCGACCUGGAGGACGCGAUUUGCAUGGUCGGGGAUUUCGUGGAUGAUAACCGCGCUGGAAUCGACCGGACGCUCCACCGGAUUAGCGCGAUUCGCAAUCGCGGAGGCCGGAUCGUUGGUCUCACUUGUAGAGUGGGGCGUGCCGUGACUGGAAGCGCCGAGAUGGCUCGAGAUCUCGUGAGCAGUGGAGCUUCUUUGCUGCUAAUGGGACCUCCUGGCGUGGGCAAGACAACGGCCAUCAGGGAGGUGGCCCGGAUGCUUGCCGACGAUUACGAUCGUCGAGUUGUGAUUGUGGACACCUCGAAUGAGAUUGCUGGCGAUGGAGAUAUCCCACACCCGGGAAUCGGCCGUGCCAGAAGAAUGCAAGUCACCAACGUUGGUCUCCAGCACAAGAUAAUGAUUGAGGCUGUGGAGAAUCAUAUGCCGGAGACGAUCGUGAUUGACGAGAUCGGUACCGAGCUUGAGGCUGCAGCAGCGGUGACAAUUGCUCAGCGAGGCGUGCAGCUGGUUGCUACUGCUCAUGGAACCAGCGUCGAGAAUCUGAUAAAGAAUCCUUCGCUGGAAAUUCUUGUUGGUGGCAUUCAGAGUGUGACGCUGGGUGACGAUGAAGCUCGCAGGAGGGGAGUCCAAAAGAGUGUUUUGGAAAGGAAGGGACCUCCCGCUUUUAGCACUGCGAUUGAAAUGGCUUCUCGAACUGAGUGGAGAAUACAUCACAGUUUGACGGCAACAAUAGACGCUCUUCUCGCUGGACGAUCCCCUUCUAUAGAAAUUCGAAACAUGAAGGACAAAGAAGGGACUGCUCCAGAAGAACUGCCGGUAUUGAAUCAAAUCGAGAAUGAGGAAAAAGAUGUCUUUAAGAAACUCCAAGACAAUGGAAGUGAGAGCAAACUCUUUUCCUUGUAUCCAUACCAGAUUUCGGAGGAGUUCCUCAAGCAGGCCAUUGAGGUUCUCGAACUGGAAGAAACAAUCGGUGUUGCUUCUGACAUAGGUGCAGCAGACGCCGUGUUAACGCUACGGUCAAAGCUGCGAGAGAAUGUAUGGGUGCGAAACAUUGCAAAGUUUCGACAACUUCCAGUCUUUGCAAUCAAGGCAAACACUCUAGCUCAAAUGAUCCGAGCAACAAGAGCAGUCCUGGAAAUGGAAAUGCUUAGAGGAACUUCGUCAUCAACCAGGAAAUCUAAAGUUGAGGAUGAGAUCGACGCUCUAGAGGAAGCGAGGCUUGCAAUUGAGCAAAUUGUCAUUGCUAAAGGCCAAGCGGUGGAGCUACUUCCAAGGUCCGCAGGAAUCACAGCACUCCAGAUACGUCUAGCCGAGAGCUACCAGCUCGCAUCGGAAACUUCAGGCAUUGAGCCCAAAGUACGGCUGAGAAUCCUGCCACUUCUACAGCAAGGUUCUCGGCAAUCCUCGAGCAUUAACAAUACAAAGGAAGAAUCAUCUCAGGGCCGAGUUCAAGGUGGAACGAGCGUUUCCAAGCUUCCAUUGCUACCAACUGAUUUUCUGGAAGAUUAAAAAUGGAACUCUAAGGAGGAGCUAAUCCAGUUGAAAACAAGCUUGUCGCCUGCGCAUUGUCUCAAAGGAAAGACAACCAAACCGCAAGUACCUUUGCACUCGAACUGACAGCAAUCCCAGCAGUGGAGAGGAACCGCGUCAAUGAUCACCUCCUUAGAAUCCUCGAGGGGAUCCUGCACCUACACAAGCUUCGGGAACCCAUUGGAUGACGAACAACGUCAAAACAGAUAACGCAAAAAUAUAUCAACGAGCUCGAGGGACUAGACUACCUUUCUUGAAGGGAUUGUUGGCCAAGAUCUCGACCUCGCGCAAGUUGACCGAUUUUUUCUUUAAUAUGCAGCAAAAUUAAUGAUUACAAACCUUUUACGUGGUUGACAUAGAAAUUAUAUUUGGUAUUUUAUAUCAGUACACAUCCAAGGAA